AUGGGAAAUCGUGAUAAGGAUACGGGAGAUUCUGGGAUUCAUUCACCUGAGCAUUUAUCCGGUUCACAGCGUAAGAGCUCACCAUCAUCAGGAUCUCGAUGUGGAUCAGGUCUCACUGGAUCACCACGUGAUCUUUCCCCACCACUUCUUCAGGAAUUAGCAUGCAUGAAUCUUCGUGAGAUGGCAUCUCGGCCAGAUAUCGGUCGUGCUGGACGUCAGAUUGCAGUUCGCUCGAAUUUUUUCGAAGUUGGGAUUGCUAAUAAUAAUAUGAUGGUUACGCAGUAUCAUGUCGAAAUUCAUCAUCCGGGAUCCAGAAGACUUGAUAGGGAGGAAAAUCGUGCGAUCUUCUGGAAAGUUAUAGUUGAUCAUCGCCAAUAUUUCCCUAAUAAAUUCGCCGUUGCUUAUGAUGGAGCCCAUCAAUUGUACACUCCGACACGUAUUGAAUUCCCAGAAGGACGUCCAUCUAUUCGGUUGGAGAGUGAUGUGUCACUGGCAAAAGAUUCGCGAGAGCGUACCCGUUGCGCAGUCUCAUUUCAAUGUGUUGGUCCCGUACUUAUUGAAAUGCGACGCACAAGAACGAAUAAUUUAGAUGAAAGAAUUCUAACUCCAAUUCAAAUUAUUGAUAUUGUUUUUCGUCAAUCACUUACUUGUCCAUAUGUCGAAAAUUCUGCAAAUUUUUUCGUUUAUAAAUCAUCGAGUUAUCGUUUACCUUUGAAUGGUGGUGCGGCAUUGGAUUUAGAAGGCGGUAAAGAGAUGUGGACUGGAUUUUUCUCUUCUGCGCAUGUAGCAGCUGGAUGGAAACCGCUUCUUAACAUUGAUGUGACGCAUACGGCAUUUUACAAAGCGCAUAUCUCUCUGGUUCAAUUUAUGUGUGAAGUGUUAAAUGAAAAGUCAGGUCAUUACUGUCGAUCAAGUUCUAAGGAAGAUCAUCGGGAUACAUCACGUCAUGUACGUGGUGGAUCCCGUUGUGGUGGCGGUUGUAACAAUCUCACAUCCUACUCACGUCAUAUGAACAGUCGACGUCGUGAUUAUAAUUAUGAUUACAUGGGAGGGGCACUUUCUUCUGAAAAGUUGCACAAAGAUUUCUCCUUGAGCAGUCAUGAGUUAAAAAUUUUCGGUGAUAUUGUAAAAGGAAUUAAAGUACGCGUUUCACAUCGUGCUGGUAUCAUUCGUGUUUAUCGUAUCAAUAGUCUUCAACUUCCAGCUGAUCAACUUUGGUUUCAAGGCAAAGAUGAGGAUGGUAAUGAACGACGUAUGACAGUGGCUGAUUAUUUCCGUGAGCGUUACAGUGAGCUAAAAUAUCCGAAAUUGCCAUGCGUUCACGUAGGUCCAAUAACACGUAAUAUUUACUUUCCUCUGGAAGUUUGUAUGCUUGAUACACCACAGAAAUACAACAGGAAAUUGAACGAGAAACAAACAUCGGCAAUUAUCCGAGCGGCAGCUGUUGAUGCAAUUUCACGUGAACAACGUAUUUCAUCGUUGUGUGAGCAAGCUGGAUUCCAGUAUGAUCCAUUCUUGCGUGAAUUUGGCUUACAAAUCAAUCCAAAAAUGUUUGAAACGAUCGGUCGAGUUCUAGCACCACCUCGUAUCCUUUUUGGCGAAAAUAAUUGUAAAACGGAUCCGGUUGUUACACCGAAAGAUGGUGCUUGGUCAAUAGAUAAUCAGCAGCUCUAUUUGCCGGCUAGUUGUCGUAGCUAUUCAAUGAUAGCAAUUGUCAGUCCACGUGAGCAGAAUCAUUUACAGAUCUUUUGUCAAGCACUUACCCAGAAAGCUAGCCAAAUGGGAAUGGAAUUCCCAAGUUGGCCUGACUUAGUAAAGUAUGGCCGUACAAAAGAAGAUGUUGUGAUUCUGUUCAGUGAAAUUGCUACCGAAUAUAAACAAACAGGAACUGCAUGUGACCUUGUUAUUGUGGUAUUACCAGCCAAAAAUGCUGACCUUUACAUGACAGUAAAAGAAUGCAGCGAUAUGAUACAUGGAAUUAUGUCACAAUGCAUUCUGAUGAAAAAUGUCACACGUCCAUCACCUGCUACUUGCUGUAAUAUAAUCCUGAAAAUAAACAUGAAAUUAGGUGGUAUUAAUUCACGUGUUGUUGCCGAUUCGAUUACUCAGAAAUAUCUGAUUGAUGUUCCUACUCUUAUCAUCGGAAUUGAUGUCACACAUCCGACACAACAUGAGGAGCGACAGAAUAUCCCAUCUGUUGCGGCGAUUGUGGCUAAUCUUGACUUAUAUCCACAAUCAUACGGUGCAAAUAUCAAAAUCCAGCGUAAAUGUCGCGAAUCGGUUGUUUAUCUUUUGGAUGCUGUCCGUGAACGUCUUGUCAGUUUCUAUAAAACAACACAUCAGAAACCAAUUCGUAUCAUCGUUUAUCGUGACGGAGUUUCUGAAGGACAAUUCAGUGAAGUUUUACGCGAAGAAAUGCAAGGUAUUCGUACAGCAUGCUUAAUGCUAUCACCGGAUUAUCGACCACCAAUUACGUAUAUUGUCGUACAGAAGCGUCAUCAUGCACGAAUGUUUUGCAAGUAUUCACGUGAUGCAGUUGGUAAAGCGAAAAAUAUUCCACCAGGUACAGUAGUUGAUACAGGAAUCGUUUCGCCAGAAGGUUUCGACUUCUAUCUCUGCUCACAUUUCGGUAUUCAGGGUACUUCUAGGCCAGCUCGUUAUCAUGUUCUUUGGGAUGAUUCGAAAUUUACAUCAGAUGAGCUUCAAUCAAUAACAUUUAGUAUGUGUCAUACGUACGGACGCUGCGCUCGUUCAGUUUCCAUUCCGGCACCGGUUUACUAUGCCGAUCUUGUUGCCACACGUGCACGAUGUCAUCUCAAACGAAAAAUGGGUGUAUACGAAUCAGAUGUAAUAUCAGAUGCUGCUUCAUUUAUCUCCUCAUCACUAUCAUCGUUAAUUUCGGCAGGACGUAUCACAACUUUACGACGUAUUGUCGAUGUUGAUGAUGGUGAUCUUUCAGAUGCAGAAAGCAUUAAAGACGGUGGUACACAAUCAAUAAUGAGUAAUAGCGAUGCAGCACUACAGGAAUAUGUUACGGUUUCGGAGAAAUUUAAAGGACGCAUGUAUUUUGUUUAA